AUGAAAAAUCGACGAACGAAGAAGAUCUUUAAACCACCACGCCAAUACAACAACUCCGCAGGAUAUUUACCUCUUUGCGGUUUAUCCCAGUCACAUACAUCCACCGUCGUCACAAUGGCUCCAACAACUGCCCGUUCUGCCAAAGGCAGACAGCAAAAGGUCACCAAGAAGUACAUCAUCAAUGCUUCUCAACCCGCCAACGACAAGAUCUUCGAUGUCUCUGCCUUCGAGAAGUUCCUGCACGACAGGAUCAAGGUUGAGGGCCGUGUAGGCAACCUUGGCGAGUCUGUUCAGAUCUCCCAGGUUGGUGACGGCAAGAUUGAGGUCAUCACUCAUAUUCCUUUCUCCGGCCGAUACCUCAAGUACUUGACGAAGAAGUUCCUCAAGAAGCAGCAGCUCCGUGACUGGCUUCGCGUUGUCUCCGCCUCCAAGGGUGUCUACGAGCUCCGAUUCUACAACAUUGUCCAGGACGAGGCUGAGGAGGAUGACGAGUAA